CCCGCCCCGAAUAUAUGUAAGAGUAAAAAAUCAGACCCAAACUUACUUGGAACUCCUGGAGUUCUUAAAUUGAAACCCUAGUUGUUGCCUCUAUCUCUCUUCCGACGAUCAAACUGAGUUAAAAUGAGCUUCUCAAAACACAAGUACAAGCCCUCCUAUGACUUCUGCGAAGAAAUCUUGUCCGAAAUAUUCAAAAGACUUCCUGUUAAAGAUGUCUUACGUUGCGGAGCUGUGCAAAAAUCAUGUACGUUCUGAUGAUUCACAAUGUCGGAAAUAUUGCACAUUUCACUAUCCAUUUGAAUUGCCUAGUGAAGCCUGGUCUGGACAAGCAAAUGGUUUAUUUUGUGUGUCUACUAUGUUUAAUGAAGAACUUGGUUAUAAUCCCGACAUUUAUCUCUGGAAUCCCCUUGUUAGCAAAUUUGGGAUUAUCCCGGGUUCACCACUUCCGAGGUUUUCGUAUAAGGAGAUUAGGUGGAAUGCUUUAGCUUUUGGGUUUUUACCGGAAGUUAAUGAUUAUGUUGUGGUACAUGUUGUGAAACCUAGUUCAACCGCUGAACCUGACUCACCUGACGCUGACUAUUACGCUUUUAAUCCUUAUGAUACCCCCCCUUAUGCACAUUACCCGCACUCGGUCAAGAUUGGUGUUUAUAGUCUAAACACUAAUUCUUGGAAGGAAAUAUGCCAAGAUAAUGUUUUUGUUGAUUCUAUAAGUACUGAUGCGUCGGAAUUUGUUAAUGGUACUGCAUUUUGGGUAGGGUAUAAUUAUGAUCUGGUACAGCAGGUAGUUAUGUACUUUGAUACAAAGACAAAUGUACUGGGACAGAUUUCGGUGCCUAACAGGAUGGCACGUCAUACCCGCCAGCUUGAGAAUCCUGUUAUCCUUCCGUUCGGUCAAUCUAUUGCUUACUUUGUUGAGGGAGAUGUGGAUGAUUGGGAUGAUGACGAUUAUGAGUAUGAUGAUUUUGGCACUUCUCAUUUGGAUAUUUGGGUAUUGAAUGACGAGAGGAGGGUAUUGAAUGACGAGAGUAUAAAUGAGGAUUUUUGGGAGAACAAGAUGAGGACAUAUGAGGAUGCCUGGAAGAACAAGAUGAGUGUUAAGCUAAGUGAAAAUAUUUCGGCUGAGGUAUUGGGUACGAGGAACAAUGGUGCACCAAUACUAGCAAAAUCAAACAAUCUAAUUUCAUAUGAUCUUGAUACUCAUGAACCAUAUGAUUUCGUUGAAUCAUGUGAUCGUUUGACUCAGUUUUACUAUCUUAACGAGGGCUCUAAAUCACCUUUUCUUAUUUGUCCUUUUGUGGAAACUCUAGCUUUGCUUGAUAUUGAUUGAAAUUAUUUAAGAAGAUGUUAUGUCGGAAGCCUGUUUAUUGUGAUGGGAAGUUGCUUAAGUUCUUCAACUUUCCAUGAAGGAAAAUUUCGAUAUCUGAUUGAUAAUGACAUCAGGGAGUUUUAGCCUAUAUGCUGAAAAGGAUGAGAUGAAGAAAACUCUUCUUGGAUUAUGUGGAUUAUGUUUAUGUUUUUUAUUGUAUCGUUUAUCGUUUAGCUUAAUAUUGUGUUACGUUUUUGAGAAUAUGUUGUUUUGGCAUUAUAUUUUGAACUUAAUUAGCAUUUGGUAUUA